AUGGACAAACUCCGCCAAUUUCAUGACAAGCAUGUCGUCCUCCACCCAGACCCCGGCUCAUUAACUGCCGAAGGAGACUCCGCUCGCUGGAGCAACAGGGACCUCGACCCUGUACCUGCAAACAAGAAGACAUGGAGCUGGUGGCACGUCGGGGGGUUCUGGUUGGCCGAAGGCUUCAAUCCUGCUCAAAUGCAAGUGCCCUCGAGCGCCGUUGCCUUGGGCCUCAAUCCAGGUCUGGCAAUGGUGGCGUGCUUGAUCGGUAAUCUCCUGGUGACAGGACCAAUCAUCCGCGGAAUCUUCUGCGUCAUUCUGUACGGCGUCCAGGCGAGUCUGGGCGGCAACGCCGUGCGAUGCAUGCUCGAAGCCAUCUGGCCUUCUUUCGCACAUUGGCACGUGAACAGCCUGCCUGCGAGCGCAGACAUCACGGCUCCAGACCUUCUCUGCUUUGCCUUAUUCUGGCUGGCGUCCUUUCCACUGCUCUUUGUCCCACUGUCGUCCCUGCGCUGGCUCUUCGCUGUCAAGAUCGUCAUCAUGCCCUUUUUUUACGUGGCGCUCUUCACGUGGGCUCUCACCGCAGGAAACGGCGUUGGACCUUUGUUCUCCAUCCCAAACAAGAUCACAAGUGGGUGGUCGAUCGGAUAUGUCUUUUGUUCCACCAUUCUAGCGACCAUUGGAGGCAAUGCGACAUUCGCCGUCAACAUGGCCGAUAUCACUCGUUAUGCCAAGAAUCCUCGCACUUCUGCUAUUGCCCAAGCAUUUGCUCUGCCAAUCUGCAUCACCAUGAUCGAGUUGCUAGGAGCACUCAUGGCGGCCACCGCUCAAGUCGUUUAUGGCGAAGUCCUGUGGAAUCCCCUGACGAUCGUCUUGCUUUGGAACAACAGGACCGCCAAAUUUUUUGCCGGGUUCCUCUUUGCGUUUGCUACCAUUGCCACAAACAUCACGGGCAACAGCAUUCCUUUCGCCCACGAUAUCAUGGGAAUCUUUCCGAAGUACCUCAAUGUUCGACGCGGCCAAGUCAUCUGCGCCAUCCUCGGCUUUGCCAUGAACCCCUGGGUCAUUCAAGCACGAGCUUCUCGUUUCUUCAACUUCGUUGGAGGAUAUUCGAUCUUCUUGGGGCCCCUUGUUGGUGUCAUCCUCUGUGAUUAUUUGAUCAUUCGCAAGGCAAAGCCGUACAACAUGCUCCACCUAUACAAAACGAACGGUCUGUACUGGUACUGGAGGGGAUGCAAUCCCCGCGCGUUAACGGCCUGGAUGGUUGGUGUGACGCCACUCCUGCCGGGCCUGAUUUACAAUAUCAACCCCAACAUCAAGAUGGGUAAAGGCAUCUUGGAGUUUUACACACUCGGCUGGCUCGAUGGAUUGGUCAUCGCAGCCAUCACUUAUUACUUGCUAUGCUUGGCGUUUCCAUUCGCGACAUCCACGGUCGAAGGAACUGAUGUUGUUGUUGAAGCAAAAGAUGAGGAAAGUGUCAGGGACACCUCUGCUGAGGGGAAGCCGGCUGACGUUGUGGCCGCCAAAGAGAUCUAA